AUGGCUGACAACCGCAAAUCCGUCCUGAUCACAGGCUGUUCUCCCGGUGGCAUUGGCCAUUCCCUGGCGCGAGAGUUCCACCGCAACGGCCUUCGCGUCCUCGCGACUGCAAGAGAUAAAAGUUCACUCAUCAGCCUCAAAGAACAGGGGAUUGAAACGCUGAGCUUAGUCGUGGAUAAGGAGGAGAGUAGGAAGGCAUGCCGUGAUGAAGUUGAGCUUUUGCUCAAGGGGAAAGGUCUUGAUUAUCUGGUUAACAAUGCGUGGGCAUGCAUUGUCGAACAUAUAUUAACCCUGGAUGAACUAGGCUAUACCGUCCCUGUCUUGGACGUUAACCUCCAAAAAGCCCGAGAAGUCUUUGAGACGAAUUUCAUCUCAGUCAUUGCAAUGUGCCAAGAAUUCGCACCGCUGAUUAUAAAGGCCAAGGGCACAAUCGUUCAAAUAGGGUCCGUUGCAGGAAUAAUCCCAUAUGUCUUUGGAGGCGUUUACAAUGCGUCAAAGGCCGCCCUCCACUCUCUCAGUGAUUCUCUCAGAGUAGAACUUGCGCCAUUCGGCGUCCAAGUAACAACCAUAAUAACGGGCGGCGUGAAAUCUAACAUCGCGCGUACAGCCCACACCCUCCCUGAAACCUCCCUGUAUCAGCCCGUCAAAGCCGAGUACGCACGACGCAUCGGCCACAGCCAGGAGGGCGCCUUGUCAAACGAAGCCUAUGCACGAACCGUAGUGACCCAGAUCUUGUAUGGGUCGGCCCCGUUGCGUUGGAUCCGCUGGCUGCUUCUGUGGCCGUUUGGGGGCCGUGGAAUACGCCGCAGUGGUAAGUAUGUUUGGGCAGGGAAUCGGUCAACUCUUUUAUGGUUUUUGAAUUGCGGGUGGACGUGGUUUGGUUUGAUCCAGUGGUGGAUGGCCAGGACAUUUAAUUUGUGGAAGUUGAAGAAGUGAAGGGUGAGGUGGUGAGAAGUGGAUGAGAGGGGGAUGGAUGAUUAUGAUGGAGAGAGACUUGGGUUUGGAAGGUAUUUUGAUAAAUUCCCCUCUCCCUAUUGUACUGUACUAGUCGUCUAUAAAAUCUGAGAAGCGCUUUUUGACCUAAAAGGGCGUCGCGAGUGUUCUUCAUCUGCGAGAUCGCGACGAUAUGAUGGGGGCAUGAUUGAAUACCCAUCCUUCCAAGGUAGCCAAAUUGGGACUAUUUCUAGUGGUUUAGGGCCCCCGAUUGACGAGCCAUUUUACCACAUAUAUGGAUCCGAAU